AUCCAGUUAGCGUUUCAGCACUGAGGCACGCUGGACAGCUCCUCCGCUCCCUGUUUUUAUCUCCGGGAUUUCAAUCCGCUGGAGAAAAGUGACUUUAAAUUUACUGAGUGCUUUUAUUUCAACGUUAAGGAGCCCUAAGAUUAACAUUGCGGAGGGGGAGAUGGAUAUCGAUCGACCAGCAAAUAUGUCCUUUUUUGAUUUUGUCGGAGGAGUCCAACUUCUCCAGUGGGAGGACACCAGGACGGCCAUGCCUGUCAUUCUGAUCGGGAUUUGCCUGUCCGGCGCAGUUGGAAAUUUGCUCGUUUUGCUGAUUUUCAUCCGCGACUUCAGAAGUGGAAAGGGCUCUGAAGUGAAAGCGCUCCUCGCCUCCCUGGCCUCCACGGACUUGGUGAUUCUGUUGCUGUGCGCCCCCGUGCGCGCCGUCACCUACUACAAGCAGACUUGGACCCUCGGGAGUUUUGUGUGCCGCACCACAGACUGGUUCCAGCACUCGUGCGUGGUCGCAAAAACUUUAAUCCUCGCGGUGACCACCAGAGCCAAACACACUUUGGUUCCACGCGCCGCUGCGGGGCCCCUUUACAGCCCGACGUGGAUUCAUGGAGCCCUGGCGUUCAUUUGGAUUGUGUCCAUGAUGUUUCCGAUCCCUCAGAUGCUUUUCGCCUCUUUGGUUCCGCAUGGAAGCGACAAAAUUUGCGUUUCCGCAAUGCCAGUGUGCGCAUCUGACUUCAUGAGCUUGUUCUACAAGAUUUAUCCAGCUGUCACGUAUGUUGCGCCGGUCAUCUUCACACUUGCUUACUACACUAAGACGCUGUACACUGCGGUGAACCACGCGCCCAGUCCGCAUAAUCAGAGCAAAGUUAUUUUAGUUUUGCUGUGUUUAAGCGGCGCCCUCGGACUCAUGCUUCUACCGGAGUGGGGCACGUUCACCUGGAUCAGGCUCGGCUACAACAAACCUCCAGUUGGAUUGAUGAUGUUUGCGCAAGCCCUCCUUUACGCGUGCAGUUCUCUAUCACCGGUUAUCCUAAUGACCAUGUACGACGAUGUGCGCCAAGGACUGAUUGCCAUCUGGUUCAUCGCGACCUGCAGGAGCAAGAAGCGCGUGCCGUGCAAGAAGUGUCCGAAAACGGAAGGGAACGGAGCGGAGGUCGGAGCCAACGCCGUAGCCAACGCCGUCUCGCAGGGGACGGAGAAGACGUUUCCCGACGUGGAGCACUUUUGGACGGGGCGCAGGAAUACCCACGUGGAAGACGAACACGAUCCGGUUCCGUGGGAAAGAGAAGAGAAAAUGUUGUAACGGGUCAAGCUGUCAAAAGUGUAGCCAGGAAAGUUCAGUUUGUCGGCUGGUUUCUAGUUUGUUGAUCUACAGUGCAGACCCUUUGUUGAAAGGCUGUUUUCUGUCGUGCGCUUGAUUAGAUGUAAAAUAAACUUGUACACUAUUAUGUUUUGAUGUUUCUAAUAUUUUGCUCUUGCCUGCAAAUCUUUCUUUAUAUCAGACUGAAUUUGUACAAAGAAGACGACACUGUAAAUAUUCAGGACAUUAAAGUUGUGAUUCUGUUUGUGUAAUGAAUAAAACCAU